GUUGGUUGUCGCGGGCCAGCCGCGAGUUCGCGAUACGCCCCCGGCUCCGAGCCCCCGACCCUGCAGAGUUUUCUGGGACGGGCCCUACACCCAUGACAGGCGAUGAGGCGACGCCCUUUUCGCAAGUCCUGUUGCAAAAGCCUUCGCAACCCGCUUCGCUUCAGUCCGAAUGUGAUUUGUAGACUAGCAGCAUUAUGGCCGCCUCCAUUGUGCCAACACCAGCAGCCGCCCCGAACGCCAGCGCCGGAGCCAGCACCGGCGCUGGCAGCGCGUCCGCCUCCGCGGCCGCGGCCAGUACGAGCGGUGGUGGUGGCAGCAGCGGUCGGCCUCGCGACCCGGACUCGGCAGUGGCACUGCUGCACGCGGCGGGUGACGAUGUCGAGGCCCUGGCGGAGGCGAUCGCGGAGGCGGCUUUCCUGGACGCCACGCCGGGAGACCACCGCCAGAAGCUGCGAGCGGCCCGCACACGGCUGCGCAACCUGAACGCCGCCGCCGCCCGCGCCGACAAGGCCGACCGCUCGCCGCACGCCAAGCCCGAGUACAGCGCAGCGGACUUCGAGACGCUUACAGGCCAGUAUGAGAAGUUGAACUGGCGCAUGGUGUCCAAGCCCGGCGGCGCCACCGUCAAGCCAGACGACUUCUACCGCCUGUACGCACUGCACAUGCAGGCCAGCCGCGGCGACAACACCGGCGAGCGGCCCAUGUGGGCGGAGCGCGGCGGUCUGGACUUCGAGGGCCGCGCGCGCUGGGACGCCUGGACCGCGCUGCGCGGCACAGACCCGGCCAAGGCGCGGCUGCGCUUCGUCAAGCUGUUUCACGAGUUCGUACCGGCCGCAUUGUACCGCGACACGCGUGCCGCCGUGCUGAGCGCGCUGGCGCCGGCGGGACCAUCAGGGCUGGCGGAGGCGCCAGCAGGACCGGUGGCGGUUGUGUGAUGCGGGCAGUCAUGUGAUGGUGGAUGGUGUCGUGUUGAGCGUUGCUUGGCUGUUCAAGGGAGGCGCUCGGGUGCUAGCGAGAUGGCUUUGGACCGGCGGGAGCUGAAUCUGAUCAGGCUGGCCUCUGUGUGAUGGAACAGGGUAAGCCGGUAAGGGCAGGGUGGCGAGAUGCUGAGUCUGUGUUCCAUCGCGCCCGCCCGUGUAUGGGCUUCAGCACGGAGCCUGGACCCGCACGAAAGAGUGAUGGGAUUGCGUUGGCCGCGUCAAGUAUGACGGAAGCGAACAGGGGU